AAAGGCUGCUGGGACUUUGCUGUCAUGGCUGCGAACGUAAACAGAAAGCUGUGAAUAAACGGCACUUUUUUCUUGUAGUUUUUAGCCAAACUAACGGAAGCUAAACUCUAACUGUGAAGCGGGAAAAGAAGUAACAGGGAGGGACAUGUCCGUGGGAAACAAAGCCGCCGAGUUACAGCUUCAGAUGCGGCAAAAUGUGGAGGAGCUGCACAGCUUCGUGAGGGAGCUGGAGAACUGGGAGGCGGACAUCAAGAGGAAGGAUGAGGAGCUGAGGACAGGGGUGGUUCAGGAGGUUCAGAAAAAACUCCCUCCAGUGAGGAACAGGGACUACAGAGCCAAGAAAAGGGAGAAAAAGAAGAAGGAGGAGGAUACUGGAGAUGAUGACACAAAAACAGAGGAGGCCAAACAGGCUUCGAGAAUAAAAUCAUACGACUAUCAAUCCUGGGACAAGUUUGAUGUGGAAAAGGUUCUGGAAGAAAUGGAUAAGGAGGAAGAUUGUCCUGCAGAGUCCAACGAGUCAGACUCGGAGGAAGCUGCAGUCGAUCCAGAGAAAGCGCUGGCCGAGAAGGAAAAGGGUAACACAUUUUUUAAAGAUGGGAAGUACGAUGACGCGAUUGAAUGUUACACGAGAGGAAUGGCUGCCGAUCCUUACAACCCCGUGCUUCCCACAAACAGAGCUACAUCAUUCUUCAGGCUCAAAAAGUACGCUGUGGCUGAGUCCGACUGCAACCUGGCAAUUGCUCUUGACAGCAAGUACUUCAAAGCAUACGCGCGGAGAGGAGCAGCUCGGUUUGCGCUGAAGAAGUAUGAACCUGCAUUAGAAGACUACGAGAUGGUUCUCAAGCUCGAGCCUGACAACAUGGAAGCACAGAAUGAAAUAAAGAAAAUCAGAGAGGCCCUUGGACAUCAGGCGGCUGCCGUCUCAAGCAAAGCUGCAGAGCCCCUGGAGGCUCCUGCAGUCGAUCCUGAUCAACAGAGACGGAUAGAGGAGCAGCAGAGGAGACAGGAAGCGGUUUUCCAGAAGGACAGAGGGAAUGCCUACUUCAAAGAAGGGAAAUAUGAAGCAGCUGUAGAGUGCUACACCCGAGGCAUGGAGGCAGACCACAUGAACGUGCUGCUGCCCGCCAACAGAGCCAUGGCUUAUCUCAAGCUGGAGAAGUUUAAGGAGGCGGAGGAGGACUGCACUAAAGCCAUUUUCCUGGACAGUACUUACUCCAAGGCUUUCGCCCGGAGAGGCACAGCCAGAGUGGCACUAGGAAAGCUGGAAGAGGCCAGACAAGAUUUUCAGCAGCUGUUGAAACUGGAACCUGGAAACAAGCAAGCCCUUAACGAACUCCAGAAACUGCAGAUGGACACAGGCUCCAGUGGCCGUCUGCAGACAGUGAACGGCUCACAGAUGAGAACAGUCCAACCAAUAGACAAACCAGCACACCUUCGCUCAACCAAACCUCUGAGGAGGAUAGACAUCGAGGAAAUCAGCGGAAAGGUUGUGGUGCCUGAGGGGGAAUCAGGUGCAUACAAGCCCUUGGUGCAGGAAGUGGUGAAGGAAGUAGAGGAGGGGUCGUCUCCCCUGUCUACAUCCCCCAGCGCCAAGAUGAUCAAAAUCGAGGAGCUGUCAGAGGUCCCCUCACAGGCAUCAGAAAAACAGCCCAAACAACCAGAGCAGGCAGAAACCGUUCAUCCUCCUCCUGAACCAUCAAGCGAACCUUCCUCAACAGGAACAGACCUGCUUCCUCCACCAACAAACAGCUUCCAACUGGAGGCGGACCUCCGCAGGAUUGGAAACCAGCCCGAAACUGUUUACAGAUAUCUGAAGCAAAUAAAAUCUGAGGCUUACGCCAAGAUUUUCCACAACUCCCUCGAACCUGAUAUCCUCAAUCUUAUCCUGAAGACUCUACGUGACUUCUACAUCAAGAAUGAAGAGCCGGCCGUCAUACUGGAGACUCUCAGGAGUCUUGCAAGCGUGAGGCGCUUCGAUAUGGCUGUUAUGUUCAUGUCAUCACCAGAGAAGAAAGUGCUCAAAGAACUGUUUGACUUUCUUCACCAAGCCGACCUGGACAGAUCGUCUAUCACGGCUUUGCAGAAGAAGUAUGGCGUGUAAUUGCAUUUAAUGGAAAUUUGGCGCCUCAACAGACUUUGGAUUUCAGAGAAAACCAAAAAAUUUAGCUGUUGUUUGUUUGCUGAAUAAACCUUUGUUUAAUAAGACUGCAGAGCUGUGAAUCUUUCCUCUGGAAAGGCGCUGUCGUUUUCUGUCACAACUGAGUUUAUUUAAAGUUGGAGGCUGGAAAUUCACAGUUUCAGCUGCAUUUUAAUAAAAAAUAAAGAAAAACUUUUCACAGAAGUUCACUUGACUGUUGAUUAAGAUACACACUGCAACUUGGAAAUGCAAUGAAAGCAGAUGUUUACCUUCAAUAACAAGAAAUUGAU